AUGCCGUUCGACUCACGCUUGAAGUCGCGCAAGACGACGACGCUACCCGCAGCCCUUCGUGAUGAACUUGGACUGCCUGCCCCUUCCGCGCAGAGACGUCCCUUCCGGCCACACGACCGAGGCAACCGCUUCGACUCGCACAAUGGGUCGGGCAAGCCACAGCUCAAGGCGAUAGGCAGGCCGCAGAGCGCCGUCAAUGGUGCAGCAAAGGGGACGUCGAGGGGCCCCAUCAAGUCGCUGCGGAAUCAGGAGAAGGAGCAGCAAGAGCAGCAGCAACAGCGAAAGCAGCAACGGUCGCAAGCUGGACCGUCUUUGCAGCACAAGGGCAAUAAGCCAACCACGAACCGCAACGCGAACGCUAAUGCAGCCUCAUCGAGUCGCGCAAACAGCAAUGCUGGGCAAGCUGACAAAAAGCGAAAGUCGACCAACCAGCCAAGAGAGGAGCUCAAAGUCAUCAAGAAGCCCAAGAGCACCAAAGCACCUCUACCACAAUCGGAGGAUGAAGAGUCGGUCGAACAGAAACAGCGACUCAACCCGUUCACUGGCGAGCUCGAGGUAGUCAAGCCGAACAAGAAGAGGACGUCCUCUACUAAGCCCACUGCGCUCGAGAAGAUGCUUGCGCGUGCAGAGGCGGGCCCAUCCACCUCGUCAAAUGGCAAAGCAAAGGCGAGCGAGGGUCUGGACGGCGGCAAGAAGAAGGGCAGACGACACAUGACACAGCAGGAGAAGGAGGAUGAGGACGAGAUCCGAUGGCUCGAGUACAGUCUAGGCAAAAGCAGACAGGGGGAGGAUGUGGUGCGCGAUGAUCUGGAUGACUUCUUGGACGAUCUGGAUCGGUUCCAGGUGGGAAUGUAUGAUGAAAGUGAUAGCGACGAGGAGGAAGAGGAGAGUGAUGACGAGAGCGACGACUCCGGGUUGGAGGACGUCAGUGCGAGCGAAGACGAUGAGUCGGAGGAGGGUGAGGAGGAAGAGGGAGACAGCGAGAUGGACGGAGAGAGUGCCAGUGAGGACGAGGAGAUGGAAGCGUUAGAGGGAGAAGGGGCGUACGACUUCGACUCGAAUGACGAAGACGACUUCAGCAACUGGGAUGCUGCCAUGGCCACAACAGACGAAGAAGCGGAGGAAGAUGAUGACGAAGAAGCCAGCACCGACGAGGACGACGAAAGCGAAGAAACCGCCGAGGAGGACUCUGAAGCCGAGGAAGCCCGUGCACUCAUCGCUGGUUCCGCAAAGACAGCCUCAUCCGACACCGUCGCAUCGACAUCCGCAUCAUCAGCUCCUGCUGCCGCAACAGCCACCAAGUACAUCCCUCCAGCUCUGCGCGCAAAGCUCGCCGCCGAGUCCUCUAGCACAACCACACCCGCCACUUCAAACGCUCCAUCCGGCCCAGGCAUCACGGAAGCAGAAAUGGACCCCAUCGCCGCGCAGAAGCUGCGCCGCCAAGCGCAGGGCCUGCUCAACCGUCUCGGCGACGGCAACAUCGACACGAUUCUUGGCGAGUACGAGAACCUCUACCGGUCCCACCCACGCGCCCAUGUCACCUCGACCAUCACGCAGCUCAUCAUCGACAUCAUCACCUCGCGCUCCAACCUCAUCGACACCUUUGUCAUCCUGCAUGCCGCCCUAGUUGCCGCUCUGCACAAGGUCAUCGGUGUCGAGUUUGCUGCGUACUUCACUCAGCGUCUCGUCGAGGUCCUGACCAAGCACUACGACGAGCUGCGACAGAACGCGGGGGUGGAGGUUGAUGACGAGGAGGACAAGGGCAAAGAGUGUCUCAACCUCACCGUCCUAGCCUGUGAACUGUACAACCUGCACGUGGUAGCGUGUCCGCUCAUCUACGACCUCAUCCGCAUGUUUCUCGGCGAACGCACCUCGUCCGCAGACGUGGGGAGCAUUACGGAAGUGGACAUCGAGCUGCUGCUCCGCACCAUCCGGUGCUGUGGCCACCAGCUCCGCUCGGACGACUCGACGUCGCUCAAGGCCAUCAUCACCUUGACCCAAUCGCGCGUCGCCACAUCGACCGCAUCGACGCGCACCAAAUUCAUGCUGGAGCGCAUGACGGAUCUGCAGAAGAACGCAAGGUCGAAGUCCAACGCCAACGACGCGUCCAAUCCGGCCAGUGCGACGGGUCAGCUGUUGACGCGAAUGAAGAAGUUCCUUGGUGGGUUGGGGAAGAAGCGCACCGUCAAAGCAUACGAAGCUCUUCGAAUCGGGCUCAAGGACUUGCAAGACGCGGACAAGAAGGGCAAGUGGUGGCUUGUCGGCGCAGCAUGGACUGGUCAAUCCGACCAAUCCGACGCGCAGGGGUUGACCAAGCUGACGCCCAUGAACGCGCGCUCCUCCGCCAUCCAAUCCUCCAACAUCACUCAGGAGCACGACAAAGCGCAGCAGGAGCUGCUCGACCUCGCCCGAUCUCAGGGGAUGAACACCGACGCGCGCCGUUCGGUCUUCAUCACCCUCAUCACAGCGACCGACUUCCGCCAAGCAGCCGAGAACCUCCUUCUCCUAAAACUGAACGACGUGCAGCGACGCGAAGUCAUCCGCGUCCUCGUCCACUGCGUCGGCUCCGAAUCCACCUACAACCCGUACUACACGCUGAUCGGCCAGGAGAUCUGUCGUAAUGACCACGGCAUGCGCGUGACGCUCCAGUACUGUCUCUGGGACUUCCUGCGUGAGCUAGGCCAGUCGGACGUUGGGGGUGAGAAGUUCGCCGCUGCGCACUUCGGCGAUGCCUCUGCAGAUAAGACUGUCGAUCCCCGAAGGGUGGGCAACCUGGCUCGCGCCUACGCUUGGUGGAUGACCCACGACUGUCUGUCGCUGCAAUCGCUCAAGACAGUCGAUUUCACUAUGAUGCGCACGCGACCGGGGGAGUUUUUGGGCUUGUUGAUGGUGCACCUCGUGCUGAGCGUCCAGGCGAAGAGCCCGGCGAGGACACUCCAUCUGCCGACGGUGACGAAGGAGUUGAAGGUGGAGAAAUUGGGCAAGUGGAUUCAGGCAAAUCUGUUGGGUGGCAGCGCGGAUUUGAGUCGGGGACUGCUGUUCUUUUUGAACACAAAGCUGGAUGCGAGGGCGCAGAGGAAGUUGAUCUUGGGCGAGGAGAGUGGGGAUAAGGGGUUGAGGCGGCAGAUGGCGCCGCUUUUGGAGAUUGUGAAGGAGGGACUGGGCGUGAUGUUGAAGACGGUGGAGGGGAUCGUACAGCAGCAGGACGUGGUUGGUGAUGGUCUGGAUCCCUUGGAUGGGGACAGCAGUGACGAGGACGUCGAUGACGAGGAAGAGUAA